AUGGAGGGCGCACAAUUCCCCAAGCUCACCACCGCCCUCAACCAGGGUCAGGUUGAGGAAAUUCCUCAAAAACUCAAGGAGCUCUGGACCAGUCUUACAAAAUCGGAGCCUGACAGCACACAUGCCUCUGAAAAAUUCAUACUGAGAUGGCUUCUCAAAUCCAUGGCUGGGUCCUCUACGGACGCCGAGACAGUCCGGCGAUACCCGUUGACAUGGACCUUGAUGGGCUGUCUUUUCAGUCGCAUACCGCUCUUUUCUCUGGCCAAGGCUCUGGCGGACCGGAGGUUCAUGGGUAUCCUUCAGCAGACCUUGAAGAAUAUUUCAAGCUCGGAAUCGAAGGGGCCAGACGGCGACGUCGAGAUGCAGGAUGCGCCAAGCUCUACCAAAAAGUCUCUGAAGAGGAAGAGAUCUCAGGAGCUGGCCUUUGACUUGAGUGUUCUGAAAGCACCUUUGUCGCGUCUGCAAUCCGCCGAACAGGUCUUUGCGGCCUUGAAAGUGUUGAUAUCUAGGAUCUCAACAGAUGCCAACGACAAGGCUAACGAUCGGAUGGGAGCUGAGCACAUUCGAUCUCUAUUUGGUUGUGCUACCAAAGAUGCUCUUCAAAUGAUGUCGGCAUCUUUGUAUCUUUGCAAGCUCGCUAUUGCCGAGGAGACCUCUGAAUGCUUGGAAGGUCAAGAAUCCUGGAUCAACACGUUGACUUCGGUAUGGGAGCUGCAUAUGCGAAAUGGUAGCGAUGCCCGUGACUUCGCUUUACAUAUGGCCGGACCCAGCUGUUUGGUGCUCAGGAACUUAGUUAAGAUGGACGGUUCUUCUUCCACAUUCAAUAGGGGAGUUGCCAAGGCUUGGGGAAGAGGUCUACAAGGCCUCAUAACCACGAAUCUCAUCCUUCCCGCUAGGUCCGAGUUUUUCGUCAAAAAGGGCACUGGAAUCAUCUCUGCCCCCAUCAACCACCAAACUGAUCUCUCCGCCCUUUGCCCUGUUCUAUUUCAUCUGGUUUUACAAGCGCCGCAACCUAUUGGAGGCGCCAGCAUGAAGAAAGAUAACGAGGAGUGGAUUGAUACGGUCUUUUCUUUGCUUGAGGAGCCUGUGAGGAUACUGGCAACUGAGCAGAGGAAUUCUGUGAUGCAAGAGCUUCUUGCGUCAGCUCUGGAUCAAAACUCCUCCCCAAAGACUUUAACCUUGCUGAAUGUCUGCAAGGAAUAUGCUCUUGGUGACGGCAAGGUAGACUGGGCUAUCGUGUCUUCUGUUGCGCAGUGUGAUCCCGAUGUCUUCCUCACCUCUGACGAGGGAAGGCGCUUGUUGGACACGAUCCUUGACGAGGCACCAAGCGGAGCUGUCGACGACAAGGAUACCUACGAGGCCCUGUGUUCCACGAUGCUGUCUCUUGCGAGUGGCUUUGUGAGAGCUCGAGAGCUUUCCAAAUUUGUCAAGAAGUGGUUCGAGCGCUUGAUAAAUUGCUCCAUUCAGAAGAACACGAAAAGCAUGGAAAGAGUAUUUUGGCUUGACUCUCGAAUUUCUCAGUCGGUAUCGAGCUAUAUACAGGAGGCGUUGACCACCAAACAACUGGCUGAUCUUAUCACCGAUCUCAGCGAGCCAAAAGAUACCCCAGCGGAAGCAGCUCGCGCAGUUGUAUUUGAUGCCAUCUGCCAGGGCAUUACCAUUGACGAAUUCUGGGAGGGCGUUGGCACUAGUCUGUUUAAAAGCGUGUGGACUUCACCGACCAAUUUCAAGGCCACCGAAGUCUCUUCUGCACAGCGAAGGACAGCAGCCAAGGCUUUCACCUGGGAUGUUGCCAGCGACCCUUGGGAGAUGACAGGUGCUUUUCUACAAGCCAGCCUCGAUCAGCCGAAGCUGAAAGCUCCUGCGACCUUUGAGGCUUUCCGGAGCACUAUUGCAGCAUGGAACUCGUGUUAUUCUGGUGAAGUCACCUUGCCCCAAAAGUCCUCAUUGAGACCCGACGGGGUGAUUUCAGAAUUCAUACAAGUUCUUACUGGAAAGCUUUUGACCGAAGAGCUCAGAUUUGACGACUCCAUCUUGCAGCUUCGCUUGGAGAACAAUAACAGCAUGAAGGAAUCCGAUGUUUUCAGCCUUCUGCCAUUGGGAAAGCCAUCUGUGACGACAUAUCUUGCAUGGAUUUUAUUCUAUUUCCCAAAGCUGCUACAAAUGCUACAGUCAACAAAUGGCUUGGCUGACUUUGUGAAGGCGGUUAUAGUCUUCCUCGGUCGGUCGAGCGGGGCAGCUGCCUUACAAUCAAGACCGGCCUUUGAUGCCUUUGCCAAAGCUUUGACUGAAUCACUCGCUGACAUUCCAGGUGAUUGUCUAUCAACAACCUUUGUGGGCCCAAUCAUAGAAACCCUGAAAUCUGCAGACUCAUUUGAUCAACCAACCAAGCCAGGAGUUGUUGCAGCAAGAUUAGUGACCAGCGUCAACGGCGAACGACUCCAGCGUGGUGAUAGAGAACGGUUGAUGGAAACUGUAUAUACCAUCGCUAGAUCUCAGACUUCAGCAGAUUUCGACGGACUUGCGUGGGAGUCUCUCCUGGGGCUCAUGGUGCAGUUGAUGGCAAAGCCUACCUUCUACGCGGAUAUGAGCAUUCAAGGACUUCUGGAAGUCGGAAAGCUUCUCAAAAAGAGAGUCCGCAAGGAUAAAGCAGACCUGUUCAAGGACUCGCGGACAGCGGUAGCUUUCAAGUUAUAUGGAGAACUGUCAUAUCUGACUUUCAGACAAAUGUCCGUUUCUGUUGGAACCAGAGAGAUGAACUUCAUUAAAGAAGUUUGGCCAGCAAUUUCCAAGGCACUCGGGAAGAAAGGCCGCGACACUGACAUGGUCCCAUUGACAUUACUUACCGCCUUUGUGGUCGCCAUUCAACAUUCCCCCGUUCAGGACAAGCUUUCCCAAGAGAUUGGCUCUUUGAAGGAGUCAAAGGAAGAACUGUCCCGGUUGGCAAUUCUUGCGAUGGAAGAGCACUUUAAGGGCUCGAAUAAAGGUCUUGGGUUGGAUCUAGAAACUCUGAUAAAGCUUCGAGCAGCCUUUAUGGCCACAGAAGUCAGUUGGAGCUCUAGUAACCAAGACGCAAUAGCAGCAAUGCGCGAGCAAAUCAUUGCGGCUGCUUCCGAAAUCCGGAAGGCCGAUGUUGAAAUCGGCACCCUGAUCACCUCUUUUAUCGCAGGCCGAUUGCAGGAGGAGCAACGACGCUCUCUCGAUCAGGUGGGCAACUGGAGUGCAGAAGACUUGGGAGAGAAUGAUCGCUCGAAGCUUGACAUCAAGUCUAUCGUCAAGAGUGUGGACAUGACAAUCCCGGACGGCGAUGACGCCGCAAAAGCAGCUUUCCUCCGAGAUCUGGUCUCACGUCUGCAGAAUGACAGUCACAGAGCCAUAAACCUUCUCACCGCUAGACGAGUGAUUAAGGCUGGCAUAGAAGUAUCAUCUACUACUGAUGAAUCGGCUGUAGUACUCAGCAUGGUUCAGAACACCCUCACACAACUCCUUGUCAACGCUGGCUCAGUCAAUGAGUUUGUUGAUGGAGCUCGAACAAUCCACCAGUUGCUGGAAACGAAGUUGGCCUCAGUCACUCAGUGGAACGUGGAGCACACCCUGAGCAGCAUUGCCGUCGUUUGUUCGGAUAAGGCCGUCAAUGCCGAUGUGAUACGUUCUUCGCCCAAGACGUACGAGUGGCUUUGUCUCAUGACGGAAGUGAUUCUGAAACGACAUCGCCGCCGUCUCGAAGGCCACCUACACCUUCUCAUCACUGUGCUUCAAUCUCUCCUCACCUGCCUGAUACUGAACCCCUAUGAUAACACACAGGGGAGCUGGGCAUCCGGACCAGUGUCAGGCAGGAAGGCAGAAAGCUUCCCUUCCUGGGAGAGGCAUGCCAAGACAUAUGGCCGCCUGCUGACGCUGGUAUGCGAGCCGAGUGCCGCCUCAGUGAUGCGCACCCACCAGCACGGGAGCAGCGCUCCUCUAGACUCGGCAACGGACGCGGCCAAACGCUCGGCUGGUCAGUACAUGUACUUGGUGCUGAUGCACUUUAUCAAACUGCAGCUGGAGAGCGACGUACCCCAUGCGGUGCGGGAGGCUUUGGUGCCGGGAGUCAAUUCGAUUCUGGACGUCACGCCACCUGACAUGCGCAAGGUCAUGGCCGAUGCCAUGGAUGCUAGCGGCAGGGCGAUUUUCAAGGAUAUUUAUGAGAAAUACCGGAAGUUCGGCAAGUGGAGGGGUGCUUAAGGUAUUGCAAGUCUGUUUGAUAAGGCACAUUUUUUAAGUAGAACUGUUACUAGGGAAUGGCAAACAGUC